AUGUGUAUAUGAAAUUUCCUUGUGUGCGUAAUUGCGUGACAGCAAAAGUUCUGUGAAAAAAAUUGUACUUUAAUUUAUCUUCCAAACUCUAUAAAUUACCAAAUGGGCUCACGCAACGAGUGUCGCAUUUAUGUUGGCAAUUUGCCACCAGAUAUUCGAACCAAGGAUAUACAGGACCUUUUCCACAAGUUCGGCAAAGUCACGUUUGUCGAUCUAAAGAAUCGGCGUGGUCCGCCAUUUGCAUUUGUCGAGUUCGAAGACGCGCGUGAUGCUGAUGAUGCCGUCAAGGCUCGUGAUGGGUAUGACUAUGACGGCUAUCGGCUGCGAGUUGAGUUCCCUCGCGGCGGAGGUCCGGGAAGCUAUCGCGGCAACAAUCGCAACGAUCGCAGUCGUGAUGGCGGCGGUCGCAUGGGUGGUCGUGGUCCCCCAGCUAAACGCUCACAGUACCGUGUCAUGGUAACUGGUUUGCCAGGAUCAGGCUCGUGGCAGGACCUGAAGGAUCAUAUGCGUGAGGCCGGUGAUGUUUGCUUUGCCGAUACAUACAAAGACGGCUCUGGCGUCGUAGAGUUCUUACGCCACGAGGAUAUGAAAUAUGCCAUUAAGAAGUUAGACGAUUCACGUUUUCGUUCACAUGAGGGAGAGGUGGCCUACAUACGGGUACGUGAGGAUAGCGGAGACAAUGACCGUGGUGGCGGUGGUGGUGGUGGCGGCGGCAGUCGUGAAUAUCGCGAUAGAUCACGUUCGCGCUCGUUUUCAUCGAGACCUCGUCGUCGUGGUACUCCAACAUAUUCGCCGGUGCGUCGUCAAUCCUAUUCCAGGUCUCGCUCACGCUCUAAUUACUAAAUUCUGCAAUCAUUAUCCAUUAAUAUUAAUAUUUCUUACGAGCAGGAAAUUUUAGGAAAAGCAAGAAAACUAUCAAGACCUCCCAUACCCCACUAACUAUCUAUCUGUUUAGUUAAAUUCUGUUGAACUGUGAAUCGAUCAAGCAGUUUCGAUAUCACGAAAAACAAAGAAACCCUUUUAUCAAGACUCGAGCAAUUCAAGUGCGAAUCCAAAAUCUAUGAACACUAUCUACACUUGCUUUUCCCUUUAUACAAAUUCUUUUAAAUUAUUAAAUUCAUACAAAUACACAUUUGACAAGUUAAGUUUUCGGAAUAAUUAUAAUUCAAGGAAUUCAUCUUUUUACACAUUCCUUGUUUUAAAAUUGGUUUAAUUUACAAAAACCUAAUUUAUUAGAAUUUAUCCUAUCAAACUGAACAGCAACAGCAAUAAUAAGAACCCAACACUAUUGAGAAUAAAUAUAUGUAAACAAAAUCCAAGCAUAAACAUUUUUGUGGAGUAUACAUUAACAAAUUAUUAAUAUUUCAUUUUAUUUUCUUCUCUUCCCCAUUUUGCGCGUUUAUGUUUGGAGUAUAAUGAGGAUAAUUGGAGGAGGAGGAUAAUGAGGAAGGAUAAGGAUGAGGAGAAAGGAUAAUUUUGAUGUUGAUGGAGUGAAGUGUGAAGUGGAAAGUGGAAAGGAUAAAAAUGAUUUUGGAUUAAAUUAGAGGAGGCAGGCAAUUCGGAAAGCGUGUUAUUUAUAAAAUGGUAUCAGGAUACAAAAGGAUUUGGAUAUUAGAUAUCUUAAAAGGAUUCGGACUUUAGGCAUUUUCUUUUACCUAAGCGAGAGAAACACACUAGACACAGAAAAACACUAGGACAACGUGGGAUUCAGUUCUCCCACGAUAAUCGCGCUAUAAACAUGGAAAAGAUGAUUUUGAUUGUAACAUCUUUUGCUUCCUACUGUUUGGACCCUGGUUAAGAACAGCGUUACAUCUUUUGGGUUUGUGUGUUUCGACUUGGAUAAAAUUUGGUGUAUUUUGAGAUAUCUUUGAAUAUGUGGAAGUUAAUAAACUAAUGCGCAUGGACAGGAUAUGCAAGGAUAUUGGAAAUUUCGGAAACUUCGUACUUCACUUCAGCAUUCGUUUCGCAUCGGAUUAGGAAUUUAUAUUCGCAUUUUUCAACCUUUUGGAUAACAUUUACUCGCACCACAUUUCGUGGCCUUUUCGACCAUAUCAAUGGAAUUUCCGCAUCAUCCAACGUUGUCUUUCACCCAACGCUGGAUAGUGUCUGGUCCUUAAGAUCUUCCUCUAUCUCUCCUCUUGGUAUGUUCGAUUUAAUCGAUUUAGCUAUUGUUUUUAGUUUAUUUUCAGUUUACGUUUUUUACAUAAACCAAAUAAUUUGAUAUUUAACACUUGCCUUAAUUGAUGUGUUGCUUAUGGCAACUUCUUCAGGCACGUGCUGUAUAUGUAUAUAUAAAGGUGUACGUCUAUGUCUAAAUGUUAUAUGCAAAAAUGCCAGAGAACUGUUGCCAUAUGCCUUAUGUGUAUUUGUUUGAUUUUGUCCAACUUAUAACUAGAAACUGAAAUCCAAACCAUUGCGUUAAUCUUUUGCAUGAGGUUUCUUAUGUGUAUUACAUUUAAGCCAGCGUUGAGAACCAUCGAAAAUCAAAUGAACAACUACUUAAAUGAAUUGGCAAAUAAUGUGUUCUCUUUGCUUACAUUUCUAAACUUUAAUAUUUUCACUCCAUAACCUUAAAUUGAAUAAGUAAAUGGAACAUUUCUGAAAUUAAAUAAACCAAUAAACUGGGAGACAAUGAA